AUGAGUACAAGUCAACAGCCAGUCCGGAAAGCAACGUCAGCUGGUCCCCUGCCUGAGGCAUCUCUUCCGCCUCUCGGCAACGCUGGUUGGCAGCUUUCGGGAGCCGGAAGCAACUGUGAAAAACGCUCGUUUUCGACAACCCCGACAACCUCCAUCAACGUCACCCGAACCCAGUCCAUCUUCUAA